AUGAAAGCCCAUAGAGACGUUCUUCCGAAGACCUACGGCUCUACUGCUAGUGUGGCUGGGGUUAAGAACAGCCGUAACGCAGCCACACAUUCUGACUCCGAUAUGGUCUCGAAUAUAGAAUCUUCCUCUCCUCCGCAUUCUCCGUCGCCAAUAUCAAACGGUUCUCUGACACCGGUUAAACCCAAGCGCAAGGUACCCACAUCCUCUCCUGCCCGAUCCUCCUCUGCAGUUCCUAUGCCCUCCAGUAAAGCAGAACCUCCGCACAGAAUACUUAAGUCUCUUCCACGGAGUACGAUCUCAAAGUCAGCGUCUGCAUCGAAGCGGCCCGCCUUGAACAAUGCUCAAAGUUCCGUCCAGAAAGGGAGUCUGUUCAGUGCGUACAUGUCGUCGUAUCUCUCGCAUUCGAUAAACAGUACCGGAAAAAGCAUAUCUCUGAGCACAGCCUCAAAGCAUACCGGGUCGACAAAGCCGAAGCUUAAAGCAUUAUCGUCGUUCGUUCCACCACCGCUCCCCGCCUCUACCAAAACCUUCACCUCUCAGAGCACGCUGAAGCACCCGCGGAAGGAGUUACCAUCAACCAUAUCGCGCUUCACGGCGACUCAUCCGUCAAUUCUCCUCGAUAUGGAUAUACCAGACAUUACGGAUUUACCUUCUGCUCCGCAAUCUUCAUUGGAAAGUAUGUCAACGAGGCGCAAAGAGUCAAGCAAUUCUGCGAACAAACGAGCUCGCAGCACAAAGGUGUCUACAGAGACGACAGCUGAAGCGCGCGCUUCAGACAAAGUAAGAAAGUCUCGCGAUGUCGACUCUGAGGAGGAAGUGGUAGUGCGCAAGAAACCGAAAACUCAUGGAGAGCAAGCAGACAAAGUGAAGAAGACCCGCAUUAAAGAUAUCCUGAACAAACCUGUUGGCAAGUCUACGUAUGUUCCUCCAGCUGUGAAUUUCGACCCGCCGUCUCCGUCAUUACCAGCCCCGUCGUCGGUUACGAAGACACAGGCCCGGCCGGCGACUGCUGUCUCAUUUGUCAAAUUUUGCAAGAGUUGCUCUGCAGUCAUGCAAGACGAGAAAUUCAAGCGGUGCUCAGGAUGCCGCGAUAAAGCGAGUGCUGAAAGGAGGAGGAAGGAACAGGAGAAGAAGAACAAGAAGAAGAAGGAGCAGGAGGUUCUGCGUGGGCUGGAAGCAUUUAUGCAACAGUUUAGAGCCGCGAGUCAAAGUGGGGGCAAGAAGUCCAGUGGCAGUUCCGCGAAAGUUUUGGGCAAGCGCAAGGCCGGAGGUAUUACAAACGGCGAUAUCAAGCGUCCCGCUCCUUGGACACAAGGCGUUGAAUACCAGACUAAGGAUGAGCUGCUAUGCGCGAUUAAGAACGGUUUGCUUGCCCGAUCACAGGCCGGAGGCGGCCCGUUCGAUUUCCAUGGUGGCUAUGCGGCUAUAUGUGGCCCGAACCCCGCGACUGAAGCUCGGGUCAAUGCUAUUGUGGAGAAGGUCGAGGAGCAAGGGUUACCGUGA